AUAAACUUUACAUUUUUGUAUUCUACUGCACAAACAAAAUCAAAAAUAUUUUUGUAUUCAAUGUUGUGCAUUACAAUAAAAUAAAAAAGGAUUAAUUUAAUUUCAUAGAAAAACGCUUAAAAAAUGCAUUCAAUAAAUUCAUGUCGAAUAUGUCUCAAAGCAGAUGAAGGUUCCGAAAUGGAGCUACCCUUCGAGUUGAUACUGGAAGAAAGUAUUUUGUUGAAUAAAAUUGAAAUCUGUGGAGGCAUAAAGCUGGAACUAAGAGAGGAUCUUCCGAAGAAAGUAUGCAGCAAAUGCGUAACAUCACUUAACAUUUCCUAUGAGUUUCGAGACCUUUGCCAAACUACCGAUUUGAAACUCAAAGAAAUGCUAGACUCGAAAGAUUUAAAGCUCCCUUCAGAAGAUGUUAAUCUCGAUAUAAAAGAUGAACCACACUUUGAAUACGUUUCAGAUUUAGGAAAAUUUGAAAGUCUUUUACUAUCAGAACGUUCCAAUCAAUCCGAUAGUGAUGUAUCAUUAAGCACAAAAGUUAAACAGGAAAAAAAGAAAAAAGUCCGUAAGGAACCUAAAGUGAAAAAAGAGAAAAACUUCCCUUCGCGAAAAGUUGGACGACCUCGAACGAAAGACAGUCAAAUCUGUGAACUUUGUGGUAACGUCUAUCCAACUGUCUACCAAUUGACGAUGCAUAGAAGAAGACACGACUCAGAAAAACCUUUCAGUUGCGAAAUUUGUCAAAAAAAGUUUGCAAACCAACAAGAGACUAAUCGGCAUAUGAGAGUACACACUGGAGACCGACCAUUUAAGUGCAAAUACUGCGAUAGGACCUUUGGUGAUCGAAGCACCAAUAUCAAACAUGAACGUAUACAUACCAAUGAGCGACCAUUCAAAUGCGAUACUUGUGGUAAAUCAUUUACCUACUCCAAUGUGCUAAAGAAUCACUUGUUGACGCAUACAGGCGAAAAACGUUUUGAAUGUGAUGUAUGCGACAAAAAAUUUUCCCGGAUAUGCGAGUUGAAACAACAUUUAGCUACAAUAACCCACAAACAGAGAGAAGCAAAACUGAAUUAUCCCAUCAAAAAAGAUGAAAGUUUUCACAUUGAUUUAAAUAUUUCAAAUUAGUUGAUAAAUUUAGGUUUUCUUUUCAAGUUAAAAUUGAAUAAAUACAAAUAGAAGGUGGCAGAAGAACAACAACAAAUGGUGUAGAACUUAUAAGGUAGUAAUUGUCAUUAUUACAGAAUGUUUUUUAAAGAUAACAUAUUACUUACUUUAGUUAUAUAUUUAAUUAAAUUUCCAACCAUAUGAUUCAAUCAAUUACUCUAUUUUAAAUCAGUAUUGAGAGUAUGCAUUGAAGAUUGUCCAAUUUAGGAACGCAGUAAUCGGACCAGUUUAAUAAGUGUGACCAUAUCAAUUGUCUUAUUAAGUUAAAUUUACCAAAAUUAUAAACAAACAAAAUUGCCUUACAAUCCUACAAAAUCUCUGUCAAUUUUAAAUGUCUUUCCAUAUUUCUUAUGGGAUACGUUAGCUUAUUCAUAUAGUAUAAUAUAUGUUUAAGUUUUUUGCAUCUAGGGGUAUUAUUUUGAGAAUCUAUUAGUUAAAAUAGAAAAGCAGUCAAGUAAAAUACAAAUCUUUAGUUUAAUUUAACUUUUUUAUAUUGAAGUUUUCCCAACCAACGAAAUUUGAAAAACCCAAUACUUGUUCAUAGCUCCUUAUUAACUCGAAUUUGACACUGAAAUGAGAGUCAAAGUUUUCUAGAAACUUUAUUCUAAUAUCAAUCAAUACAAGUAUUGUAUUCGAAAUUAAAUUAUUUUCUUUUUAAUAGGUUCUCACAAUAAGACGACCUCAUCAGAUAAGCAAUAUUGUUUAGAUUAUGUACAAAAGCUCUAAAUUUAAAUUAAGCACGCUUUUGGACAGAUAUUUAUAAAAAGUCCUAGAUAACAUUUAAAUUUCCCGAUUUAAAAUAAUGAAUUUUUAAUACUUUCAAACCUAAAGUAGAGAAUUUUAAUAACUUAGUUAAUUUAAUUCAAACCUUUGAUGAAACCAAACUACAAUAUUAGAAAAUAAAUGAGUAUCACUUUCGUUUCCCUUCACAAUAAAACAUGAAGGUAGUAAGGACUGAUCUUCUAUAUUCAUGAUAAACUUGACCAAGAAAACAUAACAUGGUAUUUUGAGGAAGGUUAUGCUUCCGUAUGCUUAGAACAUUAUACCAGUCAGAUGGGAUUUUUAGCAAGAAAACUAUCAUAAAUCCUUCAAAAUUGGUUACCUGUCCAUCUCGUCUCCGCCCGUCUUCCAUUUUAACCCGAUUGAGAAUUUAUGAGCGGAUCUAAAAAAUUCUAACCACAAUAGUUUUCAACAAUAAACACCAACCACGCCAUUCCCUAUUAUCCGCGGCAUGGUGGUUAGUGCGUUGGACUGUAGUGCCAGAAGUCCUGGGUUCCCUGUCUGUUCCAUCUAAAGUUUUUUUUACGGGUCCUGCCUCUUGUGAGAAACUGACAAAUCCUCCAAGAGUAAUUCUUGUCAUGAAAAGUGCUUUCUCAAAUUAGCCGUUCGGAUUUGGCUUAAAAUAGUAGGUCCCCUCUAUCCCUGAUAACAGUAAUCGCACACAGGAAUGGUUGUGAGAGUUGUGAGUCACUAGGCCCUAGUUCUCAACAGACUGUUGCACCAUCUAUUUUAUUUUAUAUUAUCCAAAACUAGAAUUUGGUAGAAAAGAAAACAUUUUGAAGAAACACGCUCAAUUGCAAAUACAAUUCCAAUUCUUUGGCAUUACUUAUAAAUAACUCAAAAUUUCAUUUAAUUUGUCUCUUUUUUUUAAUACUAACAACUUGACUCUAGAAUAACUGACAAAUAUCGUAUUAAUUUAGUCUAAUAAGCUUCAUAUUUUGUUCUUAUGUUGACGUCUUUAGUUCGUUGAGUCUGUCUGACUUAAGUCAUUUUUGCCUAACACCAAAGAAUUGUAAUUGCUUUUCGGUCGUAUAGUUUCUAAAAUGUUUAAAAAUAAGUUGGCUUUUUGUUUUCCCUGUUAUUUUAAUGUGUGAGCUUUAUCUUCGCCUUAAAUAUUUAAGAUUUGAAUACGAAGAAAUACGUUCAUUCUGUUUUUAAGUUAGUUAGGCUCAUUUCCUGCGAAAACAUAAAUACUAAUGUAACAAUGGGAAAAUAUGAAAGCGGAAUCUCUUAUGUGUAACUAAAAUAUUUUAGUUUUUGAAUUUAAAACAUACAUACACUCCGCUUCAACUGAAUACAUAAACAUUUUCGAAAGUGCCUUUUGCAUUUACAAAUAUUGAGGUUUUUUGUAACAUCUAUCGAUGCUAACUACUCCCUUAAGAUGUUAACAAAACAAAAUAUGCUAAUUAAACUGCGAUUCUUGUUUUCGCCCACUUUUAAAGUAUUUUAUACGUAAAGUAAUUUUUUUUUAGCCAACUGAAUAGGUACAACGACAAUUUAAUCCUUAUUUAUGAGCGUUUUCAUGUAGCCAAGGGAUUCUGAUUGGCUAAAUCUAACUAAAAAAGUAUUUGAAAUUUUCCCUCCGACGUAGUGUAAAAAAUUCAGCUACAAAGUAAGUGGAGAAUGAUUUUGACGUUGCACAAUCAGCUGCUCGGUAAGGACACACGAGUUCAAAAUGAAAUAAAUUGUUCAAUAAUUAAAUACAAAUAUAAAGCAUUCAAAUUGUGUCUUAAAUUUGAUUUUAUUGAAUUUAAAAACACAUCAUCAGUAUACCCUCGAGCCCAACUUCGGUCGUACCGCCAAGUACAGAGAUUCGUUCUUUAGCCGUACUACCCGAAUGUGGAAUGCCUUACCACACUCUGUCUUUCCUAGUCCUUGCAAUAUUCAGGAAUUCAAAAUUAAUGUGCACCGACAUCUCCUUUUAAACCCUCUCUUCUCUUCUUAGUGCUCACACUGUGCCUUUGCAUAAUAAGGGUAGUAAUAUCCCCUUGAGUGUGUGUAUUAUAAAAAAAAAAAAAAAACAAAAGAUAAGUUAAAGUUAUCAAAUCAAAAAUGUUUCUUAUUUUAUAUAUUUGCUUUUGCCAAUAAUAUGACAGUUCAGAUUGACUAGUAGUGAAUGCGACCAAUUUUAUUGUUUUAAGUGAAUUUCAAUUUUUGAUUUAAAAUUUAAAGACCAAUAGAUCUUUAUGCCUUAGCAGUGUUUCAAAAGCUAAAAUCGAAUUGGCUCGACACCAAGAACUAACCAGACGUGUAGCAGCUGAUAAGAUUGGGAGAGGGCUUAAUGGAUUUUAUUCUUACCUAUAAAAUACAGAUAAAUCUUAAAGGGAGGUGAAAAGAACUGCAAAAAUAGUUGAUUUUAAGGUGUGGAUCUUAUACUUGUUAUUCUGGGACAAAAAUUAAACAAAAAAUUGGCGUGAACGCAAGUUUCUCAAUAGUUUUAAGACUUAUUAAAGUUAGAUCCAUUUUAAACGAAUUAAACUUAAGAAAAAAAAACGCUAAUUCGAAAACAACGGAAAGUUCUGCUUUUAGAAUUUUUUAAAAAAUAAUAUGAAAAAAAAAGAUUGGUAUCACGUGUUUUUUUUAGGUCGAUAAAACAUUAAUUUCCGUGCUCCUUAUGGGUCAACCUUUUAUUUUAUACGAUUUGUUAAAAGCUUCAUCACAACUGUGAAAGAGGUGUUGUUAGAAUGAAAGCUGUCAGUAAUUAUGGUACAGUUAAGGUUGAGGUGUUAACAUUAAAAAUCUGGGAUAGAACUUUUCCUAAAUAAUCUAACAUAUUUUGACCCAUAAGCUUAGUCUAUCAACAUGAUAAUCCGCCAAUUCACUUGGUGCGCUUAAUAAAAGAUUCCAGAGAGGAGCAAAAUUUGCACUUCUCUUAAUGACUACCGUACUCAUCUGGUAUAAACAUUACUAAAUAUACUUGGGGAUGGUUAGAAUUAACAGUCUAUGAGGGUGAUCGUCAGUUUAAACACAAAGAAUCUUUAAUUUCUGCAAUCAAGUUAGCGUGAAGUAAAAGUUCUUUAAACUACAUUAAAAGACUGUAGGAUUCAUACCGCAACUUAUGAACGAAAUGAUUAAAAGUAAUGGUGGAAGUACCAAUUAGAAGACUUAACAGAAACUUCUUUUACCCUAGAAAGAUAACCUAUGUCGAAUCGACGUAUAAAUCAUGUGUAUCACUUAUGGUCUAUCAAAUAUGGUUAUCUUUCUAGGGUUUAUUGCAAUUCAAUAACAAAAUGAUCAAAUUAUUUCCUAAAUGUUUGUGCUCAUUCAUAUGAAGCGGAGUGUACAUUUGUAUGAAUGUAUGUCUCGAUAAAUACCUGUUUUAUAAUUUAGGGAAAUUAUUUCCAAAACGGUAGAUACAUUAUAGUGGUUAAUUAACAGAGCAUGACCUUUUUAUUGUGGUGCAAGACAUAAUUAAAUUUCCGAAAAAAAUAUUGUUUUGAAUUCUGUUGUUCACAAAUUUUUGAAUAAAACCUAUCGUCUCUUUGUAUUUAUUCAAUAGCAAUAUUUAGCAUAAAUUCUGAUGUCAGAAGCGGAUUCUUAUUUUUAAUUUUUAUAUACAUACCUAUUUUAGAAGUAGUUUUAAGUUCUGAGUAUUUUUUGUGUAAAAUAAACUGAUAUUUUAAAAAGA